AUGGCGUCCACACAACCCAUACCCGUGACGCGGGUCAUAUCUCCAUCACCAACACCCACAGAAUCAUCAUCCGCACGCGACAGCUACUUUUCCUCCACAACCAAGAACCGCAAUGGCCGCAUCUCCAGUCCGGCUCCCAUCGCAGAGUCGCCAGAGUCCUCAGAUCCAGAAAGCAGCCGCGCCAGACCGCGAAGCCGAAGUCCCCAGAUCCGACGCAAAGAGUCGUCAAAGAAGACCGUCAAAUCACCGCCUGAACCUAUAAAAACAGAUGGUCAUUUGGACCCGAGUAGUGCGGGCAUGGGCUCGAGUUACUGGCGCAACCUGAGUCGUAGUCCGAGUCCCCUGGGCUUGAUUCCUCUGCAUCGCGAAUGGCGUACCUUCAUACACAAACACGAGAUACCCAGGAAGGCUUUGCAUGUCUCUAUCGGUUUCUUCACGCUGGGCUUGUUCGUCUCUGGUGCCCAGACCAGUGCUAUUCAUCCUCCCCUUCUGACCGCUCUCAUACCCAUCUUCGCCGUUGACUUUGCUCGUAUGCAUUAUCCCCCACUCAAUCGCCUCUACAUCCGCGUCCUCGGAGCCUUCAUGCGCGAAUCAGAAGCUCACGACAAAUACAAUGGCGUCAUCUCCUACCUUGCGGGCGCCUGGGCUGUCCUUCGCUUCUGUCCCAAGGAUAUUGCCGUCAUGUCAAUCUUGCUCCUUUCCUGGUGCGACACAGCUGCCUCUACUUUCGGACGUCUUUGGGGCCGCUAUACACCCCGCGUACGCAAGGGAAAGAGUCUGGCUGGCACCAUUGCCGCCUUUGUUACUGGUGUCGCUGCUGCAGUGGUUUUUUGGGUUGUCAUUGCACCCAAGGUGCCUGCAGAGUGGAGUACAGGAAUAAAUGCUUUCGCCUAUGAUGGUACUUUGAGUCUGCCACCUAUGGCUAGAAAUUUGCUUGGUUGGAAAGAAGCAGAAGUUACCGUGUCAGGUAGUGUGGCUACUGCUAUUGUCGCUGUCGUGUCGGGCCUUGUGGCUGCGGUCAGUGAGGCUAUUGAUGUCUUUGGCCUCGACGACAACUUGACUAUUCCUGUACUUUCGGGUAUUGGACUGAAUGCUUUCUUCUGGGUGUUUGGCAACGGCUUGCCAUGA